AUGGCUCUCAAACAGUUUACUCUUCUCCUUUUGUGCCUGUUUUACAGCCAAGUCACCUCAGUAUCGGGAUGCAACCAAGUACAUUGCCAGGUUUCCGUGUGCGCCCCCAACGCGACUGAGGCAUUCAACGUGGCCAGCCUUGGUCUUGUUGCAAUUAUGGGGCCCGACUGCGCUGGUUGGGAAAUCAACUCGCCCGUGAGCGGAGGUCAAGGUCCAUGUGCCAGCGGUCUCCAGAACUUCUCUGGUGCCUUUACUAUCUGGCGUGCCUGGAACGCGAUGGCUGGCGAUUAUUCGGCUAAGUUUGCUCAAUGGGGAAACUUCCUGGGCGCUACUUGCACUGGAGGCAAAGAAGUCACCUGCGACCCGAAGACAGGCCAGUUUCCCAAUCCUGUAAAUGGAAAGUGUCAGACCGAUCAAUGCGAGACCGCCCUAACAGGUCUCAACAUCUGCGUCAAGCCGUCCGACAUUGCUGAUAUCAAAGUUUAG